AUGUAUGAUAAAUCCAAGAAACAACACCGACAAAGCCGAUACACAGUUUUCGGGUGUCGUGCGCGUAUUAAAGUGAGUUAUGAUCAUGCUACCGAACAAUACAAAAUAUAUGAUUUCAUCGCCGCGCACAACCAUUGCAUGAUUAGUAGCGAUAACGCCAACAUGUUAAAACAAAAUAGGAAACUUGGAUUUGAAGAGCAACAGUUCAUCCACAAAGUUAGCCUUAACAAAAUCGGCCCAACUACUGCACAUAACAUUCAAGUAUCACUUAAAUGCGGACCUCAUAAUGUUCGUGGCACAACAGAAGAUUUCAAAAAUUGCUCUAGAGAUAUACGUGCAUUCAUCGGUAAACGCAAUGCAGACAUUCUCUUACAUACCAUGAGAUCUGGAGUUACCAAUCUUAAAGAUUUCUAUCUUGAUUGUGUCAUAGUUGAUAAUGAGUUGCGAUCGUUCUUUUUGGCUGAUUUCGUAUCAUUGCGAAAUUCUGAGGCUUUUGGUGAUGUGUAUGCAUUUGACACUACGUAUGACACCAACAAGUACAAAAUGAUUUUUAUGCCAUUCACCGGAGUUGAUCAUCACAAGAAAUAUGUUAUCUUUGGCGCUGGCAUGUUAUACAAUGAGACUAUAGAGUCAUAUACAUGGUUACUAAACACCUUUCUGGCUGCACGCAAGAAACAACCAAUAUUUAUUCUCACUGACCAAGAUGCAUCAAUGAAACAAGCUGUAUCAACCGUUUUCACAAACUCUAUCCAUCGUUUGUGCAUGUGGCACAUAAUGAGAAAACUUUCGUCCAAGAUUUCAAAUGACAUCCUUGAUAAUACCACUCUUCUUUCGUCAAUACAUAAGCUGGUGUGGAAUUUAUUCAUCACACCACAAACAUUCGAAGAAAGAUGGCAUAGAGAUACCGAUGUGUUGUUUGAUGAAGACUACAUCAAGAUGCGAGAGCUCAAAUGCGCAUUUUAA